GGUAGGCACCUUGUCGUGGUGUAGGGGCUUAGAUACAACUUGAGCUAUUCUGAUCAAUAUUUCAGUCAGUGUUAUCACUGAUGUCACUGACUGGAAUGUUGAUUGAGAUUAGAGCAAGAAGUGCAACCAAGAUCUACCAGUAGGUUAAGGUAGAAUGUGUUGUUUUGUAAUCUAUGUUUGUAGUGAUAGUAAUUAGUUAUAAAUUUGUAGUUAAUUUGUUGUUUGUAGUUUGUAGUUUGUAACCUUGUAGUCCUUGUAGUAGUUAGUUUGUAGAUAGGCUCUUUGUUUUUGCAAGCUGGCAAAGUCUGAAUGGCUAAACAAUACUCUAGCGUCUCAGGGAGUAGGUGGCGGUAAAGACCGUCCACUAAGUUCCAGCUUAUCAGCCAGACUCGUAAGGGUAAGUGCGACAAUCUCUCAGGCUGAUGGGAAGCUCUUGAUAUGGUCAUGUCUCUGCCAAGGGUGGACUGCUGAUUGUCGGGCUGGGAAGAGAAAACUUCCCGGGUACGUAUUUAUAGUAAUAUUUGUUUUAAUAUGUGUAGCUUUCAAAUUUGUACGAUACCUAUAAAAACCCCCAAAUCUGAGGUAGACUGUUACGCCGAGGAUGCUUGACUGGAGGGGUGCAUCCAGUCUUUUAGUAAUGAACUCAGGAUACCGGGCACUCUCCUGUUUUAAUUAAUGCCUUCUCAAAGUAUGGGGCUCUGCUUUGGGUGACUGUUCUUUCCCUUAUAUUAAACACUGUAUAUGGAUAAUAAACUAAAUAUACCAAUUAAUAAUAUAAUUACAGAGUCAGAGGAAGAAGCUCUACUCCGUUCGCCAACGAAGGUUGGAGGAAAUCUUGAAAAGAGGCUUGAAGCAUCUCUCAAGAUUCAGGAUCUGGAUGAUCUGAACCCAUCUGCUCAGAGACCAAUGGUAUCAAGCGGUGGGAACACCUCUCCGGUGAUUGACACCCAGAGUCCUAUGGACACAGGUGACCACGAUGGCGGUGCGUCUAAUGCUAAUACCCAGAGCAUGGUGAACUCAGGUGACGGCAACAUAGAGACCAGGAAGAAAGCGGAAUACUUCACCGGGGCUCAGAAAAGACGCAUCAAGGCCAUGAUUAGGGAUGGAUUGGAUUUGGAGACUGCGAAGCAGAAAGAGAGAGAGCGAUACUCUCUCUACAAAGCUUCCUUGGCAGCAGAAGGAGAAAGUGACAGACCCAGUACCAGCAAAAGGUGCAGAUCUAAUAACACAUCUCCCGAAGAAACACAACGCCCGCAGCCCAAAAAGCCAAAAGCCACUCAACACACAUCUAGCUCUACCGGAAACCAGCUAAAACCGACUCCAUCUUACAGGGAUGUAGCCAAUGCUUGCAAAGUGGCUAUCGCCCAUGAGAAAUAUCCGGAGGUGAAUCUCACUGGUGACCAAAUGGAGUUGAUAAAAUCGAAGCUCCUGGAAGAAAUUGACAAACUUCCCAAGCACAAUAGUGUCUACGGCUUCAUCACCAGUGUUAACAGAGACGGAUGGCUCUCAUUAACAUGCUGCAAUGGUGAAACGAGGAACUGGCUGACCACCUGUGUCCCAAAACUCAAACCAUUCCCGGAUGCUAUUCUCAAAGUGUUUCAGGGCGAAGAGAUGCCCAAAACCUAUGUGUGCAUCACAUUUAUUCCCCCCUCUGCUGUGCUACCACCAGAAAUUCUGAUGUCCCGAUUGGAAAAACAAAAUGGUGGCAUUUGCACAUCAUCGUGGAGAAUUCUCAGGACUGAGAAAGAUAAGAAUGGUGGGGAAACCGUUACGAUCUCAGUGGACGAAAAAUCCAAAAAUUGGAUAGUCGGUCAGGCAGGGAAGCUGUAUCUGAACUUCACACAAAUUCACGUACGUGUGAAGGGAGAGCCAACUGGACCCAAGAAACUGACGACAAAAAGGCCAUUUACGACAGAGAAACCCAGUGACGUCAAGCAACAGGUGCCUCCAUCCAAAAGGCCGCUUUCAGGUGAUAGACCCAGUACCUCAAAAGCACAGGCAGAUAAGCCAAGUGAGACGGUUAAGGUCACACGGGACAGCACCCGAACUGAAGUCGGACCCAGCACCUCAAAACAGCAGGGUGGCACACCGGUAUCUAGCAUAAAGGACCAGAAGCAAGGGCCAAAGAAACCAGCUUCAAGAUCCCCUCGACAGGAAGCACCCACUCAUGGGACAAAAUUGCCCAAGUGGAUGCGGAACGGUAAAGGACGAUACCAAUAAAAUGAUGAGGUGCCUGCAGGUUAAUCUUCAACACGCCAAAGCUGCUACGGCGGUGUUGACACAGCGACUUCUAUCUGAAAAGAUUGACCUAGCCUUUAUCCAGGAGCCAUAUGUAUAUGAGAACCAGAUAAAGGGAAUAAAAGCACACCAACAAGGACCAGGUAGCAGCUAUAAUUUCUGUGGACACCCCAGUAAGUAAGACAGAGCUCAUUGUCUGCUCAUCUUACCUACCUGGAGACUCCCAAGACCUGGACUUCCUAUCACUGAAAGGACUAGUAGACUACAGUGUUAAAAGCAAGAGGCAACUCAUCGUUGGAAGUGACGCUAAUGCACACCACACGAUCUGGGGCAGCACCGACAUCAAUAAAAGAG